AUGGUUUCGGCUCGAUCCACUUGCAUUCUCUCGUUCAUCUUAUUUUUUGCCCAUAUUGCAGCCGUAUCGAUUAAGUACUUUUCUGAAGAAAAUGUACGCGAGGCAAAUCUUUAUGAACAGAAGGAUAUUUCAGAAAUCAAUUUAGCUGCGGGUUUGAACCUUUUUCAAGGGGACAUCCUCUUGAAGAACUCCAGAAAUGGCCUGAGGGACCCUGGCACCAGAUGGAAGUUCCCCAUUCCUUACAUUCUGGCUGACAAUCUGGAACUAAAUGCUAAAGGAGCCAUUCUCUAUGCCUUUGAAAUGUUCCGCCUUAAGUCCUGUGUGGAUUUCAAGCCCUAUGAAGGAGAGCGCACAUAUAUCAUCUUUCAGCAGUUUGAUGGGUGCUGGUCUGAGGUUGGUGACCAACAUGUAGGACAGAACCUGUCCAUUGGCCAGCGGUGUGACUAUAAGGCCAUUAUAGAACAUGAGCUCCUGCAUGCCUUGGGAUUUUACCAUGAGCAGUCAAGGACUGACCGGGACGACUAUGUGAACAUUUGGUGGAAUGAAGUUCUUCCAGGUUUCGAACACAAUUUUAACGUCUAUGAUGACAACUUCAUCACCGACCUCAACACACCCUAUGAUUAUGAGUCUGUAAUGCACUAUGCUCCUUUCUCAUUUAAUAAGAAUGACAGUGCCCCUACCAUCACGACCAAGAUCCCUGAGUUUAACUCCAUCAUUGGGCAGCGUCUGGACUUCAGUGCUAUUGACUUGGAGAGACUGAACCGAAUGUACAAUUGCACAUCAACUCAUACCUUUUUGGACCACUGUGCUUUUGAGAAGACAAACAUCUGUGGAAUGAUUCAGGGUAUGAGAGAUGAUGCUGACUGGGUCCAUAAGGACAGCACCGUUCCGGGACAGGAGGAUCACACCUUAUCCGGAAAGUGCACAGGAUCCGGCUACUCCAUGUACUUCGGCACCAGGACAGGGAACAAGGAAGAGGCAGCCCUGCUGGAGUCUCGGAUUCUGUACCCAAAGCGGAAGCAGCAGUGCCUGCAGUUUUUCUAUAAAAUGACGGGAGAUCCUGCAGAUAGACUCGUCGUCUGGGUCAGGAGGGAUGACGGCACAGGCAAUGUUCGCAAGCUGUUCAAGGUCCAGACAUUUCAAGGAGACGGGGUCAAAGACUGGAAAAUUGCCCAUGUGACACUCAGAGAGGAAAAGAAGUUUCGCUACCUUUUCCAGGGCACGAAAGGUGACCCACAAAACUCAGAUGGAGGAAUUUACCUAGAUGACAUCACACUAACAGAAACCCCAUGUCCCACAGGGGUUUGGACAAUACGAAAUUUUUCCCAGAUCCUUCAGGUCACGAAUAAAGGGGACAGCCUCCUGAGCCCUCGAUUCUACAAUUCCGAGGGAUAUGCUUUUGGUUUGACGUUGUACCCCCACGGCAGAGCCAGCUUUGCUGGCUCUGGCUAUGUAGGAGUUGCUUUUCACCUGUGCAGUGGGGAGAAUGACGCGAUCCUGGAGUGGCCAGUGCAACACAGGCAGGUGAUCAUGACAAUGCUGGACCAGGAGCCCAAUGUCAUGAACAGAAUGUCCCCAAGCAUGGUGUUCACUACUUCUAACUCCCAGACAGCUUCAGAUGGUUCCUUCCUCUGGGAUAGGCCGUCCAUUAAGGGAACCUUUGAUCAGAACUGUAGUUGUUUUAGAAGCAUCGACUGGGGCUGGAGUAAUUUCAUCUCCCACGAAAUGUUGAAAAGGAGAAGUUUCCUUAAAAAUGAUGACCUCAUCCUUUUUGUGGACAUGGAAGAUAUCACCCACCUUAACAAGACUGAAGUUCCUGUUAAAAACACAAGGUUGACCCCACAAGGCCUCAUUCUCCAAGACCAAGAGCAAGAGACCUCUGAAUAUCCAGAAAAUGCUGUGUUAGGGAAAGCCCUGCCAGGAAGCCUGGACCAACAGCAGCCCAGCCGAAAGAAGCGGUCAGUGGAGAACACAGGCCCCAUGGAAGACCACAACUGGCCACAGUAUUUCAGAGACCCGUGUGACCCGAAUCCUUGUCAAAAUGAAGGCCUCUGUGUGAAUGUGAAGGGGAUGGCGAGUUGCAGGUGUGUCUCCAGCCAUGCCUUCUUCUACACGGGCGAGCGCUGCCAGGCCGUGCAAGUGCACGGCAGCAUCCUGGGCCUGGUGAUCGGAGGCACUGCCGGCGUGAUCUUCUUGACCUUCGCCAUCAUCUCCAUGAUCUCAAAGUCAAGGCAGUGA